CAAAAGCAUAUGACAACAUUUGACAGACAACUCCGUUGCUGCAUCUUCCUUCUUCACUUUCCACUGUCCUUUCUCUCUCUCUCUGCUCAUUCAAAGUUUACAACACUCUCACCAUUGCAACCUAAAGCUUCAACUUCAACCCCAUAGAUAAACGUACUUGCUUGCUUAAGCAUAGAGAAACACACAAAUCAAGAACAUUAUGUAAAGAUUGCGUUUUUGCUUCAUCAACUACAACCCAUUUAUCAAAUAUGGAUUAUGAGAGGAUUCAAAAGCCACAGGGUGGUGGAGGAUUUUCACCUGGAAAAUUGAGAAGCAUGCUGUUAGGUGUGGAGAAGAAGAGGAAACAAGAGGAAGAGCUGGAUUCUAAUUUCACCUUAAGAUCUCAACAUUCAGACAUGGAUGAAUCUGGUGGCAGCGGUUCUGAUCAUUGUAAAGAUGUAGAUGUUGUGAGUGUCCAUCCUGAAUAUUCAUCUUCUACCGAUCGAACUUGUAGUGUAGAAGAAGAUAGCGGUGAUCGUAUGGCGAAGGCUAAUGCAGGAUCAGUGGCUUCAAGGAAUAGAAUUCUAGAAGAUCCUUCUUUAGAUUACGAUAGCGGGUAUGAUAAUAUGAUGAUGUCCCCAUCAAUGUUUGAAUUUCAAAAGGCCGAGCGUGCCCCACCGAGAGUACCUGUGGGGCCAUUCUCAAAACCAGCACCAUCUAAAUGGGACGACGCGCAGAAGUGGAUAGCAAGUCCGACGUCAAACAGGCCAAAGACUGCACAGAGUCAAGGGCAAGGUGGGCAUGCAGUUCCUCGAAAGGUUGCAGGUCUUGGAAGCCGACAACCUUCGAUGAAAGUUGUCGUUGAAGUUCCAGAUCAAAGAGAAAUUGGUUUAGAUGAACCGGAUACAAAGCAAAUCGAUGCAAAUCAAACUAAGAUGGAAAGUGGAGGACAAAAGUUUGUGAAUUGGGAAGACGACCCCUAUGCAAUUGCAAAUGCUUAUGCGGUUAGUCUCAGCCAGCAUAAUUCAUCGAUUGCGGCCCAAAGUGCAACGACAUUUGUUCCUCCUCCUUCAACAGCUCGAUCUGUAUCAAUGAGAGAUAUGGGAACAGAAAUGACACCUAUUGCUAGUCAGGAGCCAUCAAGAACAGGUACACCAGUAGGGGCAACAACACCAAUGCUCAGCCCUAAUUCUUCCCGGCCUUCUACGCCCACCAGAGCCGCCCCAUCAUCGACUUUAAUUAAUGACAAUCUGAAUCUUAACAAGAAUGAAUUGUCUGAAAAGGAGCUACAAAUGAAAACUAGGCGGGAAAUAAUGGUCCUUGGGACGCAACUAGGUAAAAUGAACAUUGCUGCUUGGGCUAGCAAAGAAGAAGAGGACAAGGAUGCAUCCACUUCACUGAAAACAAAAAAUACCGAACAACCAAUGAAGAAUAUCGUUGAAGCUCGUGCAGCAGCAUGGGAGGAGGCCGAGAAGGCCAAAUAUAUGGCCAGAUUUAGGCGCGAGGAGAUGAAAAUUCAGGCAUGGGAGAAUCAUCAGAAAGCGAAAACGGAAGCCAAGAUGAGAAAAAUUGAGGUAGAGGUUGAAAGAAUAAGGGGCAAGUCACAUGACAUGCUGAUGAACAAAUUAGCAGCUGCAAGGCACAGAGCGGAGGAAAAGCGAGCAGCAGCAGAAGCAGAUAGAAACCAUCAAGCUGCUAAAACUGAGAAGCAAGCAGACUAUAUCAGAAGAACUGGUCAUGUACCUUCAUAUUUUUCAUUUUCUUUCUGCACUUGGUGCUCUUAAUGAGAACCAACCAUUCCUUCUUUCUUGUUGAUGUUUUGUUUUUAUAUAGGUGUUCAUUUUCUAUGUACAAGCAUGUUAAGUAUAUGCUUGUUGUAUUUUCCUCAUGCUCUAAAAUGAUACAUUUUCUGCAUAAGAAAUUAUCAGUUGGAAAAGUUGCUAUU